AUGAGCGAGCGGAAAGAUUGGGAAUAUGGCUCCAAGCUCUUCUCCUUUGGCUUCCUUAGCUAUGCCACUAUUGUCUGGAGUCUGAAGUUCAACAUGCUUUUCUUCUACCGUCGACUUGUCAGAGGCCUGCACAUUGAACGGUUCAUCUUGCCGGCGUUUGGAUUCGUCACAGCAGCGGGUAUUGCUUCCAUCCUUACUUUCUGCUUGGCAUGUGUUCCUUUCACCAAGCUGUGGCAGGUUUAUCCAAACCCAGGAGGCCAAUGCUAUCCACAAAACCCUGUCACAUUCUACACUGUCGCAGUCCUAAACGUCCUUACUGAUAUGUGCAUCAUUACCAUUCCUAUCCCAAUGGUCUUGCGAGUCCAAGCUAGCAUUAUGCGCAAAAUUGGUCUGAUGAUGCUUUUUGGUCUCGGCUUGUUCUGUAUGAUUGCAGCCAUCGUUCGUGUCGUUCUCAUUUUCAAGCUUCAGCGCCAUGGUGACGGAGCCCUAUGGUCAAUCCGUGAAGAUUUCGUUGCCGUCAUUGUCGGUCAGGCACCCCUCGUCUACCCAAUCACCAAGCCCCGUUUCUGGAAGAGCAUCUUCGGCAAUGAACGAUACGAGGAUACAAGCGAGCACAGUCAACAAUACAAAGACAGCAAGGCAUCAUCGAAACGAAAGCCCAAAGACCCCUACAUGAUUACCCAGACGGAACUCACUAUGGUGGACAAGUCAGAAAGCACAGAGGAGAUCAUGAAGGUUGAAGAAGGAAAGAUGGCCGGCGGCAUCCUCGUGCAGAGGACUUACAAUGUGGAUGUUGAAAGCUCGAGAUCGGAGUCGGGUCACGAAGAUAAGAAAUACCCAGGUCAGGCGUUUUAA